GGGCUGCAUCUCUCUCUCUCUCUGUCUUUCCCGCCCUCCCCCUCCUGCGCGGCUUUUGUGAGUGACACCAGCUCACAUCGAGGAGGAGGAGGAGGAGAGGAGGAGGAGGAGAAGGGGAAGGCAGGAAGAAAGAGCGCGCAGGGGGGCCGGCAGGAGCGCGAGUGAGCCGCCACGGAUUUUCCUCCGCGCACAAAGAGAGAGGAGAACGAGAGGCUCCUCGGCUCAUCCGAACAGCUUUUCCAGGAUGGCAGAAAUGGCUUUGAUUGAGAGGUUGGAGAAUGCUGUGGUUAGGCUUGAAUCUCUGCUAUCAGAGUCACACAGGCUUGCUGGGAUGGAAUGUGGAACUGUCAAUGGCGUCAAUGGAGAUGUAGCACCGUAUGUCGAAGCCUUUGAUAGGAUCAUAAAGGGGAGUGUAGCUGAGUUUCUAAGAAAUAGCAAGAUCCUUGAUGGGGAUGUGAAGACACAUGCAGAAAUGAUCCGCGCAGCUUUCCAAGCACAGAGAGCAUAUCUACUGUUGACCUCGCAGUAUCAAGAACCUCAGGAGAGUGAAGUGACCAUUCUUUUAAAACCAAUAUCAGACAAGAUCCAGGAAAUUCAGACGUUUAGGGAGAGAAACCGAGGAAGUAAAAUGUUUAAUCAUCUGUCAGCAGUCAGUGAAAGCAUUCCAGCUCUUGGGUGGAUAACUGUGUCUCCUAAGCCAGGCCCUUAUGUCAAGGAGAUGAAUGAUGCUGCUACCUUUUAUACAAACAGGGUAUUAAAAGACUACAAGCAUAGUGAUUUGCGCCAUGUUGAUUGGGUGAAGUCAUUCUUGAAUAUCUGGGCAGAACUUCAAGCAUACAUCAAAGAAUAUCACACCACUGGGCUCACAUGGAGUAAAACUGGUCCAAUCGCAUCAGCAGCAUCUGGGCUGUCCACUCUAGCAAGCAACCAGGGUCCUCCUCCACCUCCCCCUCCUCCUCCUCCGCCACCACCAGGACCUCCUCCUGUCUUUGAUACAGAAAAUGCAAAAGAUGAUGCAACUGCAACCCGCUCAGCCUUAUUUGCCCAGCUGAACCAGGGAGAAACAAUUACCAAAGGGCUUCGCCAUGUCUCUGAUGACCUGAAGACUCAUAAGAAUCCCAGUCUUCGGGCUCAGGGGACACCGAUUCGAUCUCCUACAAAAAGCCAUGCACCAAAUCUGACUACUCCCAAGCCUCCCCAGCAGAGCCACUGUCCUGUGUUGGAACUGGAAGGAAAGAAAUGGAGAGUGGAAUACCAAGAAGACAAGAAUGACCUUUUAAUUUCUGACACUGAACUCAAGCAAGUAGCUUACAUUUUCAAGUGCAACAAAUCUACAUUACAGAUGAAAGGAAAAAUUAAUUCCAUUACAGUUGACAAUUGCAAAAAGUUUGGCCUUGUGUUUGACAACGUUGUGGGUAUUGUUGAAGUGAUCAAUUCCAAGGAUAUUCAGAUACAGGUAAUAGGGAAAGUGCCAACCAUUUCAAUUAACAAGACUGAAGGCUGUCAUAUAUACCUCAGUGAGGAAUCAUUAGAUUGUGAGAUUGUGAGUGCUAAGUCAUCUGAAAUGAACAUCCUUAUCCCAAAGGAUGGUGAUUAUAAAGAAUUUCCUGUUCCUGAACAGUUCAAGACAUCGUGGGAUGGAUCCAAGUUGGUCACUGAUCCUACAGAGAUUGUGGGUUAACUUCCUAGGGCCGGACAGAAACCAAUGACCACAAUCUCCAAAGAAAUUCAUCUUAAAACAGCAGCAUGAAGAAGUAGCACUGGUUUGUAAUGAGUGAUAAGCCUUCCAGCAGCUACUUUGUGUUCUGGAAACCAUACGCUGUAUUACAUAGUAUUUUUCCUCCACUGAGACUAUCUCUGUGGAGGAAAAAAGUAUACUGAUGUACACAACUAUGUUUGAGGGAGGCAUGAACGUUCAUUUUGCCAUGACACACUUUGAAACCACUGCACAGCCCCUGUUCACUUUUUGUAGGCAUCCUGAUAUUCUCAACAUGUCCACAAUUUGACUUUGUUUGCAAAUAGGUCAUACACAAUGUCAUGUGAAUGUAUAAAUAUUUUUUAAAUUAACUAUUCAGGUUACUGGCUAUUUCACUGUAUACAGGAAGCCAAAUGUCUGCAUGAUACACUUUUGUCAUGUUUCAGUGCAUUCCUUUUUUAAUGUUUUGACCUUUUAAAAAAAACCUUAGGAGGUUAAGAUGUUCAUUUUAGAUUUCAGUUCAUUCAUGUAUCACCUAAUAAACCUGGAGCCCAAAAAGUCUGUAGUUCUUAUAUGUCUUUGUGCUUCUGAAAGUUGAAAAGGUAGAAAUCUCAGCAAUACAGCUGCUAAUGGAAAAGAAAAGCUAGAUUUUUUCAGUUUCUUAUUUCCCUUAACCAUCUAUUUUUAACAAGGAGAGUUUGCUGUUAUCUUUGUUUCUGUUCAAUUUUGUUGAGGUUAGCUCAGAGAUAAUUUAUAGAAAAAGUUAUUUUAAACUUAAGUAAAUCUGCAUUCUACUGAGUCCCCCCCCCCCACUUCUCUCCUGUCCAUUAUAAUGUUUCCUUGUUUGUGGGCUUUACUGUUUACUUGGGUCAAACAGUAUUUAACAACCUAAUCUGGGGGGGGGGGGAUGAUAACAUAAAGGGUCUUAGCUGAAUGUUAAGCAUCGUUUCUCUUGGAUCUCGCAAAUGCUAAUUAUUCCUAUGCCUGGAAGGAACGAGAAGACAAUAAAAUGCAGCGUCUUCUGGGGGUAAGGCCAAAGCUUACUACUUGCCCCCCUACCCAAACAAACAUUAAUGAAGACAUGGUAAGAAGUUAUAUAAUGGUAUCAGACUAAGUCACAAUCUGAGCCAGACCCACUGAAAUCAAUAUACUUGCUAUUACAUUGUAACGUUGGUGCACUGAUUUCAAUAGGUGCACUCUGAGUUAGAUACUGCCCUGUUUUCCAUUCAAGGAAUAGGGUUUUGCUUCAGAAAUGCUAAGAGCUAUUCCACACUUGGAUGUUCUAUGUCUCUUGCUGUUUUGUAUGUAGUACCCCCCUCUGCCUGCAUACAUCCACUCUAUCAUUGUGAAGGCUGUGUUGCUGAAUAGCACCAAUUUUAUUAUACAUCCUGGCCGCCAUCUGUGAGAGUGCCAGCUUUUGCAAUAAAAUACACUUCCAGACCACUGUCUGGAGAUUAGAGUGGCUCCUAAUAAUACAGAAGUUGGUUAUCCUAGUUAUAUAUCUUAUUUUGUGUAUUGGGCAAGGGUGUAUUUCUGCUUCUAUUUCCAUUUGUAAGGUAUGCAUGCAUUUAUUCAAAAAUGUACGUUAAGAAAAGCCAUAGACUAUUUCUGAAUAAAUUUUGAACUCAGACUAAAAGGAUUGUAUUUUGGGAGAUGGGCUUGACUUACACGGUCCAUAUUUUUAAUUUGUAACACUAAUGUGAUGUGCAGUACAUGUUGUAUGAUUUCGAUACAUUUUGAUUUUGAUUACUUAUACUACUUUGUAACAGUGAAAUAAUGGUAAUAUGCUUGCAAAGCUAGAUCAGGAUAUAAAUCGUGCCUACUGCACCUUACAAGAUAUGUAACUCCUUCAUUUUUAAAUUAUAUUUGACUGUAGUACUGUAUAGAUACUACAACAAAUAGUGCUCACAGAAUAAGAUUUUGCUAUCUGAUGUUUGAUCUGUAUGUAUAAUGUUGUUGUGGGUUUAGUACAUGUCAUUUUUCAAUAGUAAACCUGACAUGACUAAAAAUAAAAUGGUAACUUGUUUAAAUAUAA